CUGCUCUAUCUCUGAGCGUUGUUCUGUCUCCAUCUCUCUUUAGCAAUCGUAAAAAAUGAUGGACUGAAAGUUAAAGUGCUGGAAUUUGUUAGAAAAAGAUAACACUAUUUAAAUAUAUAUCUUGUAUUAUUCCAAACAAUAUAUCGUUAAAAUACGUUAUCAAUUCACGAAUACAAUUUUACACCACUCAAAUCUUAACAAUUUUAUUGUGGAGCAGGCAGUGCGCAAUUUAUGGUGUGGUCCGGUUGCGUAAAAGAAUUAGCGUCGCGUGAUGCAGUGUUGAAAAGCGCGACAGAGCUGCAGUAAAUAAAAGGCCAACGUAUGAUAAAAGUUAAUUUUUGAGCAUACUCGAAUUUUGGGGACCAUGGAAGACCUUACCAAAAACAUUAUCUUCACAAAUGCCAUUAAUGGGCAACCGGCCACAAUUCAAUACCAGACGGCGGAUGGCACCAUUCUUAAACAGCCCAAAAUAGAGGGCCAAAAAACGGAGCAGCAGCCUACCUUCUAUUACACGACAAAUGGCAAUGGCGGUACCGUCAAUCUCGCACAGCUGGCCACCACAGACGACAAUAAGACGUGUUAUAUAGCCCAGCCCGUGGGCGGAUACAAUUACGCCCUGGUCAACGGAAUGCCUCUCAAUCAGGGUGCAGCUCUUGGCAUCGCCACGGUAGACGCACAAGGCCGCAUCCAGAUUGUCAAUCAAAAUAAGCCAAUUGCAGCUAACACCAUAUCCAACAUAAGCUUUAAGUGUGACGUAUGUUCAGAUAUGUUCCCUCAUUUGGCACUUCUUAAUGCUCAUAAGCGGAUGCAUACAGACGGGGAACAGCAGCAACAACAGCAACAUAACGCCCAAGCGGGCGGCGAUUCUAUUGCCGUGGUCAGCGCGCAGGGGCUUGUGCAGGCACAGAACAUUAUUGGAAAUGGUCAGAUGGGCCAGAUACAGAUUGUGUCUUCUGACACGCUGGAGCCGGUUCAGCAAUCUGUAAUGCAGCAGCAGCAACAUGAGUCAAAGGCAAGCAAGUGCAUAAAUUGUGGAAGCUCUAUGCUGCAGCAGUCCAAACGCAAAGGUCCAAAGCAGGUGCGCUGCGAGUCCUGCAUGCAGGCUGAACAAACAGCGCAACAACAACAGCAGCUCUUCGUCGCCCAAGACGGUCAAAUGGCGCAUCCCGUGCAAAUCAUAUCAACGACUCCUCAGGCCCAAGCACAACUUCAGCAAAUUGUGGCUGCACAGACUGGCGGUACAACGCCAAAGCGAGAGGCGAGCAGUGGGUCUGGCCAUCAUCCUGUGAAAAAACGAAAUUCCCAGCAGAUGACCAAAUGCCAGAAAUGCAAUGGCUCCGGCGUGGUGCUAGUGGGGCAGCACUCCCAUGCUUCACACAGCGGGGUGGGCGGAUCGGUAAAGCAAUCAGUUACUGUUAAAACUGAGUGUUUGUCCUGCAGAAAUCCGUCCAAACCCUUCAGUUGUAAUAUAUGUGGUGGUCUGUUUUCACGUUACUCAAGUCUGUGGUCCCAUAAAAAGCUGCACAGCGGUGAAAAAAACUACAAGUGCAGCAUCUGUGGAUUGGCCUUUGCUAAAGCCGUAUAUUUGAAAAACCACGCGCGCAUUCAUACAGGCGAGAAACCCUAUAAAUGCCAAACCUGCGGCAUGCAGUUUUCACAGUCACCACACCUCAAGAACCAUGAACGCACGCACAGUGGCGAGCGGCCCUAUGUGUGCGGUGUUUGCGACAAAGGAUUUGCGCGCCACGCUACUCUUUGGAAUCAUAGGCGCAUUCACACGGGCGAAAAGCCAUACAAGUGUGAAAUUUGUGGAUCGGCCUUUUCUCAGGCGGCGCACCUUAAGAACCACGCAAAGGUGCACUCCGGAGAAAAACCCUACAAGUGCGAGAUUUGCUCUGCAGCAUUCGCUGAUCGUUUUGCACUCAAGCGUCACCGCGGCAUACACCAAAAGUACGGCCAAACUGCUCCUCGCCAGACCAGCAGCGAUGGGAUGAUAGUGCAUAAGCAGGAGAUUCCUGACAUGGAGGAUGAGGCCCAACAGGAAGUGAUUAUCGGUGGGUUAUAGAUAGUUUAAAUGCAGAGGUGACAGGCAGCUUAAUGAAGUCACAGACACUGGAGUCCACCCUGCUUAGCUUCAGUUUAUCGAGCGUUACUAUGAUCAUCUGCCUCCACCUAUGCUAGCCCCAGAACCAUCUCUAAGGGCGCAUAUAUCACCACAAUGAUAUUAAAGAAUAGAAAACGAUGUUCCAUCGUUAACACUUCAGCUGCAUAUGUCCUUUCUCCACUUUCAUGUGGGAUCUUCAAAAAUGGGCGAAACCCAAAAACGCUUUUUACGAUAAGCAUACAAAUGAACCUAAUUUAUUUGAUAGCUUGUAUAAUAUACUUAAACAUCUUUAAACAUUAAACGCAUAUAUGUAUAGGCAUCGUAUUUAUAAGUGUUAUAGGCUAUUCUCUUAUACAAAUUGUAGGUGUAAAAUAUGGAUUUAUUAGGUGACGAUACGAGCAAAUCCGAUACGUAUGAAUAUGCACAGGUAAUAAACACACACAUAUAAGUUGAAAGUUGUAAGCUUAAAUAUAUUUUAAUUAAAUCUAUCUAAUAUAAGUAUGUAUUAAAUAAUGCAUAAAAUCAAAUAAAUAUUUGAAUAAAAUACAAUUUUUUACUAACCUACUCCAUUUGCAAGUGCCUUAACGAAGAAUAGAGGGAUCCCAGAAAUAGGCACAUUUUCCACCGUUUUCGACGUCUUAUGCGUUUUUUUUUUAUUAAUGUAAGCACCAUUUCACUUUAAAUAUAAUUUUUUUAGUGUUUUGCCACGUUCAUCUUAUUCUUACGUGAAGCUAUAAGGUCAGUAAAUUUUAAUGUUGGCAAUAAUAUAAUUAAUAAAUACACAAAACUUUAA